CCCUACCACACAACUAAAGAAAGCUUUCAUUAGUUUAAACAAUCUAUAUAAUAUAUGCGAUAACAAAUAUUUAGAGAAAGGUGGGUAAUGCUGCAGACUGGAUUGACUGUAUCUAGGGCUGUGUAAUUAUACCAUUUUACUGGGGGGAUAAAAACAAAAGGCUAUGCAAUUUAGAUGAGGGACCAGGACAACUCUGAAAUUCAGGUCUAUUAUAAAUAUUUCCGAGCCUCCACAUCCCAAGGCCUGCAAAGAGAGGACACGCCAGCAACUCCACAACCCCCACUGCAACCAUGGCUAUGGCUUUCAAGAUGGCGACGGAGGGGAUGAGCGUAAAGGAGGAGUGCCGGCGGUCGUUCAUGGAAAUGAAGUGGAAGAAGGUGCACCGAUACGUCGUGUACAAGAUCGACGAGGGGUCCAGAGCUGUGAUGGUGGACAAGGUGGGCGGUCCUGGCGAGGGUUACGAAGAGCUCGCUGCUUCCCUCCCCAUCGACGACUGCCGCUAUGCUGUCUUCGACUUCGACUUCGUCACAGUCGACAAAUGCCAGAAGAGCAAGAUCUUCUUCAUCACAUGGUCUCCAACUGCAUCAAGGAUAAGAGCAAAGAUGCUAUAUGCCACUUCUAAACAGGGGUUGAGAAGGGUGCUGGAGGGAGUCCACUAUGAGGUGCAGGCCACGGAUCCUACUGAGAUGGGGUUUGAUGUUAUCAGAGAAAGGGCCAAAUGAGAAGCUAAAACUGCUCUUCACUGCUGCUGCUGCUUGCUGACUCUGCUUCUCUCGUUGCUUAUUUAUCUACAUUUAGAUGUGUCUACUUAUGUGUCAAAAAACUUUAUGAUAGCACUCGUUAGAUGCUCAGCAAGGCGUGGGGGCUGGCAAGCUUGGCCGCCCAUUUGCUCGUUUAAAAAGUUUGUAUCCUUGCACUUAAUUUAGUGGUUGGUAGCCUUGUGAUGUGAGAAUAAAGACAAGCAUGGUUGUUCUCUCCCUUUAGAAUAAGGUAAUCAGAGGCUUGUUUUGGUGA